AUGAAGCUAUUUUCCUUGCCCCUACUGGGUACGGCGUUUGCAGGACUGUGCCACGCCGACAUCAUAUUCUCUGUGGCCUCGGUGGACAACUGGGACAGCUACCUUGACGUGCUGUCGAGUGCCUGGCCAAGCCUGUACCCGCGCCUGAACCUGGCUCUGGCAAGCGCCAGCAUCCAGGUUCCGGCUGAGUACAACCACCUGACAAGCCUCCUGUCGCUGACCGGCACUGUGCCGGCCACAUACGACGAGUCGUGGGCAAGUGCCUUUGUUCAGCAUGCGCAGGAGAUCGGGCCCACAACCAUAGUGGCGAGCGCAAUUCCGGGCGCCGACCAGGACCCUGUCAUGCAGCCGACCGCAGUGGAGACGUCCGAUGCUAAUGGUGCGGUGACUGCAACGGUGACGCCGACCGCGUACCCGACUAUUGUGGUCGCGAUUAAUGGCAAUGUGGAGAGGCAGGGGCAUAAUGCUCAGAGCGCUGAGGAGUCGAAGACGACAAGCAGUACCUCGGGCGCUGGGAGCCGGGUGGUCGGCGGUGCAACGGCGUUGGCGGGUAUUGCUGUGGCCAUGAUGUUCUGA